AUGGCGGACCAAAUAAAGAAUCUGCAAGAACGAAUCGAACCCCACAAUGAGAUACCGAAAUCCCACGAAUCUCAGGAUGGGAAUUCAGGAAUGUCACGUUCCAGCAAAAGAAAUAAGAAGAGACGGGAGAGAUCCAAGACCCAUAGAAGCCUUAAUAGAAAUGACUCCCAAGAUGAUGAAUCUAAAACCGCCUCUCGAGAUGCCCGUACUUACCUGGAAAGCAAGAAGCAGAGGAUAUCCGAAAGCGUUCAAUCAUUGGUGGACAAAAGGAGUGAAGAAUGGAAGAAAGAGCAACUCACGGGAUCUAGUCAUCCCAUCAGCCCCGCCAUAACGCCAUGGAAUAAGAUUGGCAAGGAUAAUCGUCCCGAAGAUCCCAUGCCAAUAAGCUCCCCGCUGGCUCUUGAAAUACUGAAUACCCCUAACCCGGCGAAAAUAAAGAUCUCGAAUAUGGUGGCCUUCCAUGGAACAUCAUGCUCGAAGGAGCACUUAAUGGCAUACAAGAAUUUGAUGUUGCUGUACACCAUCAACCCAGCAUUGUGGUGCAAAUUCUUCCCAACUACUUUCACAGGAGUAGCCUUGACGUGGUACACUUCCCUUCCAGUGGGAAGUAUUCAUACUUUUGCCCAAUUGGAGAGCAAAUUCCUAGUGCUGGAAGUAACGGAUCUAGAAGAAUCAGUCGCCUUAAACUCCCUGAUCAACGGAAUGAAAGCUCAAAGGUUGAAUUUCCAGUUGGUCGAAAGUCAAGUGAAGACAUACGCGGAGGCCAUGAAACAGUGUCAAAGUUACUUCACGGCCUCUGAGAUACGUCAGGCACAUGACCCCAAAAAGCGAAAGUUAGAGAAGAAGGAUCCAAUAUCCUCCCAUCAAUCCUCAAGGAACAGAGAGGAACGCUCAUCAAGGAGGGUUAAAAACUACAUGCCACGUCGCCCGGAACCCCCAUCAGAUAUGGGACCUCCAAGAUCCGAACAUGUAUACGCCACGGAAGAGGAAACUAGGACAAGGAACUUACUCGAUGGAGGUAACGAUCCGAUGUUCAAUCGGAACAGGAAAGACAUAUUCUUUGCCAUCCGAGACGAGUUGCCAACUCCACCUCCUACUACCACCCCCUCUGAUCGUCGCAACUACAACUUGUGGUGUGAUUACCAUAAAGAACACGGCCAUACCUUGGCCCAAUGUCGCGAACUCAAGUGUAUCCUACAUCAGCUAGCCAACGAGGGGAAGUUAACACGGUUCAUCAAUCAGAAAGACUAUGGCAAAAGAAGCAACACGGAAAGAAGACCUUGGAACCAAAACCGCAGAUCUCUCAGAAGAGAUGAGGCUAGACGCGAAAGUCCCAACACACAAGGGACCAUCAACAUGAUUUUCGGCGGCUACUCCGAAGAAUACCCUACUAUCCGCGCUGCGAAAGACAGUGUCCAUACUCUGCUCAAAGGACCACCAAAGACCACAUCAGAUGGGCCGAUCAUGAGAUUCGAUGCUACUACUUCCCAACCGCUACAAGAACCACACACCGAUCCUUUGGUGGUUACCCUCAAGAUUGGGCAAAUGAAGGUGAGGCGAGUAUUGGUGGAUACCGGAAGCACGACCGAUCUUAUAACGAUGGAAUGCCUCAGACAAAUGAAAUUCGAAGAAAACCACAUGCAGCCCCUCGAUAAACCUUUGAUCGGGUUCGGAGGAAAUCAAGUCAUGCCCCUGGGAACAAUUAUACUCCUUGUUCGGGUGGGGGAAAGAAACAAAAGCAGAACAAUGCCCAUAUGA